CAACGACUCAACAACUCCUUAUCAGCGUGGUACUUUUCUCUGCGACUGCAGCCAAACGUACUGUUGCAGCAUAAAAUCCUUCCUUCCGCACGGACGCUCGCGCACGCCACGAGCCCCAUGCACUUUGCGAUGAGUACUGCCCAUACAACGCGCGAAGAAGACGAGUCCAACUCCAAGGACGACGAAGAAGCCAGCCGUUUGUUGCAAUCCAAGCCUCUGUCACCGCCGGAGGACGAGGACGAUGAGGUCGCAUACGAAGCGAGGGAGAAGAUCCUGGUGGUCGACCUGGAUGGGAUCGAGGUCGAGGAUCCUUCGACGAUCAGGGUCCCGCCGUUCUCGUGGAAAAAGCUGUGGCUUUUCACGGGGCCGGGGUUCCUGAUGAGCAUUGCGUUUCUGGAUCCGGGGAAUCUGGAGGGGGAUCUGCAGGCCGGGGCAAUUGCUGGAUACUCGCUGCUGUGGCUGCUCAUGUGGGCCACGGGUAUGGGUCUGCUCAUCCAGCUCCUGUCCGCCAGGGUCGGGGUCGCUACGGGCCGGCACCUCGCCGAGCUCUGCCGGGAUGAGUACCCUGAUUGGGCUAGGUUGGUGCUUUGGCUCAUGGCCGAGCUGGCCCUGAUUGGGGCCGAUAUUCAAGAGGUCAUUGGCAGUGCCAUCGCUAUCCAGAUUCUUAGCAAUGGGGUCUUGCCCCUUUGGGCCGGAGUUAUUAUUACGGCAUCGGAUUGUUUCAUAUUUUUGUUUCUUGAGAACUAUGGAGUGAGGAAGUUAGAAGCUGUUUUUGCAGUUCUUAUUGCGACCAUGGCUUUAUCUUUUGCCUGGAUGUUUGGCGACACAAAACCCAGUGGAAAACAACUUUUAAUAGGUAUUUUGAUUCCAAGACUAAGCUCAAAGACAAUUCGGCAGGCUGUGGGAGUCGUGGGUUGUGUCAUAAUGCCUCACAAUGUAUUCUUGCACUCUGCUUUGGUACAGUCAAGGAAUAUUGAUCCCAACAAGAAAGGACAGGUUCAAGAAGCGCUCAACUACUACUCAAUUGAAUCAUCAGUUGCGCUAUCAAUCUCCUUUAUGAUCAAUUUGUUUGUGACGACUAUUUUUGCCAAGGGGUUUUAUGGUACCAAACAAGCAAAUAGUAUUGGACUAGUAAAUGCAGGGCAGUAUCUUCAGGAUAAGUAUGGAGGAGGUCACUUCCCAAUACUUUAUAUCUGGGGUAUUGGGUUAUUGGCAGCUGGACAGAGUAGCACGAUAACUGGAACUUAUGCUGGACAGUUUAUCAUGGGAGGUUUUCUUAACCUCCGCCUUAAGAAAUGGCUGAGGGCUUUGAUCACACGGAGUUUUGCAAUUGUUCCAACCAUAGUUGUAGCUCUCAUAUUUAAUACGUCUGAGUCUUCAUUGGAUAUCUUGAAUGAAUGGCUUAAUGUGCUUCAGUCAGUACAGAUUCCUUUUGCGCUUAUCCCCCUUCUUACAUUGGUGGCCAAGGAGCAGGUCAUGGGUGUCUUCAAAAUUGGGCCUGUUCUUGAGAGGGUGGCAUGGACUGUGGCUGCACUGGUAAUCGUGAUCAAUGGGUAUCUGUUGCUAGAUUUUUUCGUAUCUGAAGUUAAUGGACUGCUGUUUGGUUUUGCGGUCUGCGCUGGCACAGCUGCAUAUAUAGCAUUUAUUAUCUAUCUAGUUUUACGAGGUGGUGGCUUACCUUGUGAUUUGAUUUCCGUACUGUCAAAGAGGUUGGCUUUCACUGCAAACUGAUGUCAACGUGCCUCAAGAAACUAUAGAAUUCCUGAAUCAUGCUACCAUUCAAUAUAGCUGUUUUUUCGCACAAGAGGGCCGUUUAGAUGCUCUUCAGGAGUGAAGCAUUUCGAAUGGUAGUAUACAGAUACAAACAAUUAAAAGCAUUGCCUUUAGCUGCAGUUUUUCGCAUAAUGGAGCUUUUUGGCGUAAACAUCAAAUCCAUUGAUGACUCCCAUAUAUUCUUCUCUCCAUUUCAGAGUGUGGACAGUGGCAUUGUUACAACCUGCAGGAUGAAUCAUCACCCCUAUUGUAUAAGUUUCAGUGUGAUAUUGAUUUCCACAGUAAAAUAGAAUAAACUGCUCACUUAUUCAUUGUUAUAACACCUAACUAUGUACCAUAGUCAAAAGUUGCAACAGCUGGUUCCCUUAUUGAAAUCAAUACAAUAGGAUGAAGGGAAUUCUGCUGAGAAA